CAACUAGACGAGGGCUACAGAGCUGGCAUUAGAAGGCACAAUGAAGAGGUGACAAAAAAUCGUCACAUACUGUCCAGGAUAAUAGACUGUGUGAAAUUUUGUGGGGCCUUUGAGUUGGCUUUACGUGGCCAUGAUGAGAGUGAGAGCUCUGUUAACCCUGGGAUAUUUCGAGGGUUGGUGGAUUUUGUUGCCUCUCUGGAUGGAGCUUUGAAAGAGCACCUUGAAACUGCCACUGUUUUUAAGGGUACUUCAAAAACGAGCUCCUGGACUGUAUGGUGUCUGUUGCAAGGGAACAAAUAAUUAAAGAAGCCCAAAAGAGUGUUUUUGUGUCAAUCCAGGCAGAUGAGACAACAGAUAUUUCAACACAGUCACAACUUGUGCUUGUACUACGCUACACUGAUGACAAACACAGUGUGCAGGAAAGAUUUUAUGAAUUCAUUCCUCUGCAGUCAGCUACGUCUGAGUCCAUUGCUGCUGCAUUAACAGAGCGUCUUGCUGCCAUCAGUCCUGAGGAUCAGAAAAGGAAGCUAAUCUGCCAGGCGUAUGAUGGAGCCACUGCAGGUGUUCAGAGGAAAAUCAAAGAUGUGUACCCAAAUGCCCACUAUACCCACUGCUAUGCACACCAACUCAACCUGAUCAUGCAGCAGGCCACCGCUCACAUUUCCAAGGUGAGAAUUUUUUUUCUGACCUGAGUGGAUUUGCCAGCUUUUUACCCAGAUCAGCCAAGCGUACAGCUGUUCUUGAUAAAAUGGUGGCCCAUAGACUGCCAACAUCCAGCAAUGUCAGAUGGAACUUUCACAGCCGAGCCAUCAACACUGUGUUUGAGCACAGAGAGGAUCUCAUUCAGGGUUUGGAGAACAUACGAGACUCAGGUGACUUUGAUGCCAGUACCAUCAGAGAGGCAGGAGCCGUGGCCAUGCUGCUGGAACAUCAGGACUUUAAGUUCUUUCUGGAACUUUUUCGCCACAUCAUGCCACAUGUGGACCUGCUCUAUGCCAAGCUCCAGAAGAAGAACAUAGAUGCAGUCCACAUAAAAGUGAGCAUCCAGCAGUUUGAACAGGACAUGGAAAACAUCAGAAAUUCUCUCCAUUCCAUGGGUGAGCAAAGAAGUGGCUGUCCGACAGCAAAGAGGCACUCAGUUCAGAGGAUCGUCAAAGGGUUGCAGAAGAGAUCUGCAACACCAUUCUGGGACACACCAAGGAGCUUCUCCUUCAGCGACCAUCUCAUCUGUGCAACCUUGUUGCAGGGGGACAGGUUUGAAGAACAUCACGGGUCAUUUCCUGAAGAGGCACUGCAACGCACUUUGAAGGCCUACCCGAUGCUGAAUGGAAGCAAGCUGAAGACAGAACUCGGUGUCAUCUACAGCAAAGUAGAGUUCAGAGCCUGCUGUGGUGCACUGGACCUAUUCCAGCUGUUCAUGGAGAACAAUCUUGAAGUUGUCUUUUCAGAAACUGUCAAUCUUUUAAGGAUCCUGAUCACCACACCCAUGACCACAGCUGAAGCAGAGAGGUGUUUCUCAACCUUGAAAAGAGUGAAACCUUUUCUCAGAAACACCAUGACCCAGGAAAGGCUGAAUGCCUUGACCAUGCUCUCCAUGGAAAAGAGACUUGUUUGUGAAAUGACAGAUUUCAAUCAGAAAGUCAUUGAUAAAUUGAAGGAGAGGAGAGCAAAAUUUAUCUUCAAGUAAUUGUUUUGUUGUGUUGUAAUGCCCGUCUGCUAGUGUGCCCCCCAAAAUAUUUUAUCACCAGCCACCACUGUCCAGGAGCACUGAAGAAUUUAACCCCUUCACAUGCUGAAUGGAUUGAAACUGCAUUUAUGUUAGGUAGGAAACUUCUUGUUAUGAAGUGAAAGGACCCCUCUUCUCCCACAGCUGCCAUGUGCUUCAUCCAAUGAGGAAAAUUUGCUGCUCUGGAGAAUCUAUCAUUCAGGUUCCUCAAUAAGGUGGACCUUUAUGUGUAUAAGUGGGAAAGAUACCAGGUUUAUAUGGACAGAGGACAAUAGGGUCUGGAGUCGAUGGUUUACUGACUGUAAUAUAGUGAUGUGGCUAAAUGGCAAUCUUGGAUAGAGUGCACCGGGAUAAUGUGUGGUUUUUUGUUUGUUUUGUUGCUUGUUUUUAUAUUUUGUUUUGUGUUCUUGCAGAUAUGCAUUGUAUAUCUGACUCUGAAAAUAUUUACUGAGGUACCUUCAUUCUGCCUCUGUAUGUCUCUUUGUAAAAGGUGAAAACAAUCAAAAUAUUAAUCAUAAAAAAUGACUGUAAUCAA